GAUACAGAGAUGGCGGGAGAUGGGAGAAAGGUCGAAGGCGUGGCUGGAGAUUGGAGAAUUGCUUGUGAAGAGCGAUCUUGCUGGAGCUUUGGAUGCAUUAAAAAGGGCGAGGAUGUUGAUGGACAAGAAGAAGCAACCUGUUCCACUGGAGUUGCUUAAUAAUAUUGGAGUGCUUCACUACGAGCUGGGGGCCUACGAUGAGGCGAAGGAGGCAUAUGCAGAGGCCCUUGGGCCUGGGCCGUGGGUAGCGCUGCUGGGCGCAAAGUGGCCAGAUGCCAAACAUAAGGGACGUCAACCUGCCCUAAAGAUACCGGUCGAUAGCACCGUUGUGCCCGCGGAGAAACUCACCACGCUGUUCAACUUGGCGCGGAUGCUAGAGAGGCAACACGAGACACUAUUGGCGGGGGACCUCUACACACUUAUUGUGGAACAGUAUCCCAAGUACAUCGAUUGCUACCUGCGGUUGGCGUCAAUGGCACAUAACAGACGUGAUUAUGCUGCAGCAAUGGGUUUUAUUAAUGAUGCGCUGAAGGUCGAUGAAGACAACAUCGAUGUCCUCUCAAUGAAAGGCUUGCUGGAGAUGAAAGGUGACAGCUGGGUGAAAGCUCGAGAGACUUUUAAGGAAGUUCAACAGCUGACUCAGCAGAAGGACACUUAUUCCAUGGUGGCACUGGUAAGUACAGCUGACGCAGGGGGGGGAAAUAAAGGACGAGUUACACUCACUAUGAUGAGUACUUUGCAAGUUGGGAGAGCAGUGCUCCUGUGGGCGCAAAGGGCAUGCACUGCAACACCGCACAACCGUCUUUCCCUGAAUACAACGUACUGGUCACAGUCCUAUUUAGGGCAACUCCCGGUCUAGAUAAUGAACUGCUUGUUCUGUU